GCCCGGGCGAUGGCGCGGCUGCGGGUGGCCUACGAGUACACGGAGGCGGAGGACAAGAGCCUGCGGCUCGGCCUGUUCCUCAUCGUGGCGGCCGUCGUGUCGCUCUUCAUCCUGGGCUUCUGCUGGCUGAGCCCCGCGCUGCACGCGCUGCAGGCCACGGCGGCCAACUGCACCGUGGGCUCGGUGCAGCAGCUCGGGGAGCCGGCCGAGUGCACCUUCACCUGCGGCGCCGACUGCCGCGGCACCGCGCUCUACCCCUGCGUGCAGGUCUUCGUCGAGCACCCCGGCUCGCGCGCGCCCGCCCUGCUGCACAGCGACGAGCACCAGCUGCUCGCCAACCCCAAGACCCUUGACUCAGAGAUCAGUCAAGAAAACACUCCCAAAGGGAUUCCUGUGUGCACAGGAGAACUUUCUUGUUCCUAUAUCCCUCCCUGUAAGAGAGAAAAUCAGAAGAACUUGGAAAGUGUCAUGAGUUGGCAACAGUAUUGGAAAGAUGAGAUUGGUUCUCAGCCAUUUACUUGCUAUUUUAAUCAAUAUCAAAGGCCAGACGAUGUGCUCCUGCAUCGCACGCAUGAUGAGAUCGUCCUCCUGCACUGCUUCCUCUGGCCACUGGUGACAUUUGUGGUGGGCGUUCUCAUUGUGGUCUUAACCAUUUGUGCCAAGAGUCUGGCAGUCAAGGCGGAAGCCAUGAAGAAGCGCAAGUUCUCUUAAAGGGGAGCAGAUCCGUGGAAGGCAAAGCACAGAAGCUGCCCCCCCAAAGGGCCACAUCAUCCUGCACAGGCUGUUUCCCAACACAGGAGAAGAAAAGGGGAUCAGCAAGUCUCAGAGUCCUGGCUCUCCCCAGUGUCAACAGAAACAGGCAGAGUGGAGUGGAAGGCUCAGAACCUCCUAGAAUAUUCCUGGUGUAGCAAUGGCCACAGGGUCAAGCUCUUAGCCGUUUGCAGUGAGCUAUUUCAGCAAAUCCUGUAAGAAGUUAAUUUUCUUUGGAAAGUAAUAAUAUAUAAUUGUACAGUGUAGAAUACAAACACUCCUGAUUUAUGCUAUUUAAAAUGAUUAAAUAGAAUGGUCUGUGUUC